UAUUCUGAAUGCCUCAAAUGUAUGUAAAAGUAAUUCUAAGUGUGACUUUGAUGACUGGAUCUACAUUUGGAUACGAAAACAUUGCUUUACUUAAACCAACUUGGCAGUAUGCGGAAUAUAGCUCGAGGGAUGGUAGAUUCCAUGCCAGUAAUGCUGUUGAUGGACUUAAAAGUAAUCUCUCAGCCUUGGGAGGACAGUGUGUCGUAUCUGCAAAUGAAAGAAACAGUGCCACAUGGUUGGUGGAUCUUAAAUCCAUCCUCAGCAUACACCACAUUACGAUUUAUUAUAGAACAGAUAACUCAAGGUGGGAUAGAGUUGAUGGCUACAACACAAGAUUUUUGGGAUUUUAUGUUUACAUCUCGAACACAACUAACAAAAAUGAUGGAAUCCUUUGUUAUCAUGACACGAACUACACAAAAUCAACCAUUCCACCUGUAAUCAACAUACGAUGCCUUUUCCAUGGAAGAUAUGUAAUCUAUUAUAAUGAGAGGCCGCAGUAUUUUCAACCGUCUAGUGAAUAUUCUCAAUAUGCAUACAAUGAGUUGUGUGAAGUUGAAGUUUACGGAUGUCCUAUUGCUGGCUUCUAUGGAUCAAAUUGUUCUAUCCCCUGUGCUGACAAUUGUGGGAACGGUUAUUGUCACAUAGAGAAUGGAAAGUGUUAUUGGUGUAAGCCAGGAUAUAAAGGUCCUUAUUGUAAACACGAAUGUGAUGGUAGAAAAUAUGGACAAGAUUGUGAAGAAAGCUGUGGAGCUUGUCUGGGUUAUAAACAAUGUCACCAUAUAAAUGGGUCAUGUCUUGAAAGCUGUGACAGUGGUUAUAAAGGAGAACUUUGUACGACUGGUUGUUUUGGUUGGAAGUUUGGCAUUAACUGUGAGGAAUAUUGUAAUAAAAACUGUGGUGUACAGUAUAAGUGUAACAGCACGACCGGACAGUGUGAGGGUGGAUGUCAGCCAGGUUGGGAGGGUCCAAAAUGCGAUCAGGUCUGCAGCAGAAAUAAGUUCGGAGAAAACUGUACUCACUUAUGUGGAUUCUGUCGAUACUCUCCUUGUCAUCACCUAAAUGGGUCCUGUUUAGGAGAAUGUGCAGAAGGAUACCGAGAAUCACAUAAACAAGACAGGCUUGAGUCCUUGCUUAACUCCAGUUAA